AUGGAGACAGACGCGCCGCUGGCGGCGUUGCCUGACUUGGCUGAACGGCAAGCCAAGCGCAGUCGUACGUUGAGGCAUGGUGCACCAUCGUCUAUGCCCGAUCCACCUAGUGUGGAAGAAAGCACGACAUCUCUUCCUACCAUGACCAAGGCGCAUUUAGCGUCGAAAGUGUAUGAAGAAUACAAGCAAGCGAUGAUUUUGCCUGAAGUGAUCCAAGCGCAGCAAGGUACAUCGGCGACCACAAUGGCCUCAUCCUCGAAGUCUUCGUCGAACAACCCAAUUGUGUCUGCGCUGGCACAGCUCGAGGAGGCCCAUGGACAUACGACACCUACGCCAUCCUCGUCGUCCACAUCGCAGGCCCUUACGCUACGCAGCGCGGCAGAUACAGCACGGGCUACGUCCAAGCCAGCGUCGGCAUCGAAGUUGCAGACAGCGCUUAUGAAGCGCGACGAAAGUAUGCCGGACACAGGCCGGUCUAUGCUCAACAGCGCGCUGAUCCGCAAGAAAGAAUUGGCCGCGCAGCAUGCCAAGCCAGCCUACCAUGCACCAUGGAAGCUUAUGCGCGUGAUUUCAGGACACCUUGGAUGGGUGCGUUGUGUAGCUGUGGACCCGAACAACCAGUGGUUUGCCACAGGUGCUGGUGAUCGUAUCAUCAAGAUUUGGGACAUGGCGUCCGGCGAGUUGAAGCUCUCCUUGACAGGCCACAUUUCCACGGUGCGAGGCUUGGCCGUAAGUGCGCGGCACCCCUAUAUGUUUUCUGCGGGGGAGGACAAGUUGGUCAAGUGCUGGGACCUGGAGACCAACAAAGUCGUGCGGCAGUACUAUGGCCAUCUGUCCGGUAUAUAUGCGCUAAGUUUGCACCCUACGUUGGAUGUCGUCGUGACAGCGGGCCGUGAUGCGUCUGCACGUGUAUGGGAUAUCCGAACCAAGACGCAGGUACAUGUGCUAAGUGGGCAUCGCGGCACGGUGGCCAGUGUCCAGUGCCAAGAAAGCGAUCCGCAGGUGAUCACGGGCAGUAUGGAUGCGACGGUGAAGUUGUGGGAUUUGGCGGCAGGUCGAUGUAUGACGACGUUGACGCACCACAAAAAGUCUGUGCGCUCGUUGGCCAUUGCGCCGCAUCAGUUCACGUUUGUGUCAGGCUCGGCGGGGGGCCGUAAUAUCAAGAAAUGGCGAUGCCCGGAAGGCACCUUGAUGACGAAUAUGACACAUGAUGCUAUUGUGAAUACGCUAUCGGUGAAUGCAGAUGGUGUGCUAUUCAGUGGCGCUGACGAUGGUUCUAUGAAGUUCUUUGAUUACGAGACAGGUCUUCCCUUCCAAGCGUCGAACGAUGUUGUGCAGCCUGGCUCGCUGGAUGCGGAAGCUGGUUUGUUCUGCUCGACCUUCGACCAAACAGGCACGCGGCUCAUUACAGGCUGUGCGGAUAAGACGAUCAAAAUGUAUCGAGAAACAUAG